UUCCAUGGAUGUUUUGUUUACUACGCUCUUCGGGGCAAGACAGCUUUUCUCUUCCUUGUAGCCAGCAGCUAACUCACAUUCCUGCUGACAGCACAGAAACUAGGUGUGUGUCAGCUGACAGUUGUGUGAUGCUAGCACAGUAACUUUGGGCGAUUAGCAAACAGAUACUUUGCUGCUAAUUAAGCGGUCAUCGAGGUGCGAUUUAGAGUGUGAGUGGAGCGUUAAUUAUGUGGAGGAGAGGGGGAUGUACAUAAAAAAAAAAAAACUCAAGUGGCUGUUGUAGCGUUAGCGAGCUAGCAGCUAUCUCAGUAGCAACCGUAGCUAGCAGGCGGCUCCCAUGGACGGCAUUAAAGUGGCAGCUUUUCUUCUGAAGACCCUGUAGGCGGCUUACGCUAAGAUAAAUGUUGGCUCAAUGGCCAGAACGGAGCUGAGCAAUGGACUUAAUUUGCGAGACAACCCAGAGAAGCUGACAGAAAAUGGAACGGGCUCCUCGCACGGAUUAGACCCAGAGGUAAACGGCAAUGUCGUCCCCGGAGAGACCCAGGUGGACAAGUACGGAUUCACAGGAGGAGCCCAGCAAUACGCUGGAGACUCUGCUGAAGAGGUCCCAACUGAGGUGUUGAGACAGCGGGAGGCAAAAUGGUUGGAGAUGCUCAACAGCUGGGACAAGUGGAUGGCCAAAAGACACAAGAAGGUGAAAGAGCGCUGUCAGAAGGGGAUCCCUCCAUCCCUGAGAGGCCGAGCUUGGCUCUACCUUUCUGGAGGCAAAGUGAAAAGGGAGCUAAACCAGGGCAAGUUCCAGAAACUGGACGAGGAGCAAGGAGAUCCCAAAUGGGUUGAUAUCAUUGAGCGGGACCUUCAUCGACAGUUCCCUUUCCAUGAAAUGUUUGCAGCGAGAGGAGGUCACGGGCAGCAGGACCUGUUUCGUGUGCUGAAGGCUUACACUCUGUAUCGGCCUGAUGAGGGUUACUGCCAGGCUCAGGCUCCCGUCGCUGCUGUACUUCUGAUGCAUAUGCCAGCUGAGGAUGCUUUCUGGGUUCUUGUUCAGAUUUGUGAAAAAUACCUUCCUGGAUACUACAGUGCAGGGCUGGAGGCGAUCCAGCUCGACGGGGAGAUUCUGUACGCUCUGCUGCAGCAGGUUUCCUCUGUGGCCUACCGUCACUUAAAGAAGCAGAAGCUGGAGCCCACCCUGUGCAUGACCGAGUGGUUCAUGUGCAUCUUCUCUCGCACUCUGCCGUGGGCCUCGGUGCUGCGCGUCUGGGACAUGUUCCUGUGUGAAGGAGUGAAGAUCCUCUUCAAAGUGGGCCUGGUCCUCCUCAAAUGCACGUUGGGAUCCCAGCAGAAACUGAAGGACUGCCAAAGUCUCUAUGAGACAAUGGAGCUGCUCCGAGCAAUAAAUCCAGAGUACAUGCAAGAAAGUUUCCUGGUGCAUGAGAUUAUCGAGUUAACGAUAUCCGAGACAAAGAUUGAGAAGGAGCACAAUGCUCAGCUCCGGCGCUGGAAGGAGAGUCACGGAGAUCUGCACUGUAAAUCCCCUCCCAGGAUGCACGGGGCUAAAGCCAUCAUGACCUCUGAGCCACACAGCAAACAACACCUGAAACAAAGACCUGCCAUCACCGUGGAGUCUCCCUUGGCACCCAAGACAGAUGUGAAUGAAGAAAAUGCAGCCACAAGAAGUAGAAAGACUAAGGAUGAAGAUGAGAUGAAGACAGCAUUCCCUUCACAGGAGCUGAUUAAUCCUUACGCUCCUUCCUCUGACCCCUCACCUCUCUUCGAACAUAUAACCCUAAAAGGGUCCAAAGAGAGUCUGAGCAGUGUAGAGCAAGACACCUACCUGUAGCAGGAGAAGAUUUAUCACAGUUUACAAACAGCAGUAAGUCCAUACAGGCCUAACCAAGCAGUGACAUGACGACACCUUUCAGUGUGUCUGGGGCAAAAAUAAAACUGAGAUGUUUGUGAAUUUUUACAUAAGUUUGUAAAACUGAACGCCAGCUAAGCAGCUAGGCUAAGCAGCUGCUGAAGUCAUUUCACUCACACAGGUUGCUAUGCUUUUUAACUACAUCCUACAGCCACAUUUGUAAAGUGGAACUCAGAGGUGUCAUUUCCAGGGACCAGCAGCAGAUGACGACAAUGUGUGACGCCGAUAAAUUAGGUUUUAUUCCUGCAGGCAGGCGUUUGAACUUGGGGCUAUUUUGCCCAUCUCCAUUGGGCUUUAACAACAAAAAAAGAUGAACCUCAUAAUCACUCAUGUAAACACAUAAAUGUCUAGUCCUGAUUCCCCCAAGUUUAAUUCAAACUCUAAAAGAUAAACAAUGAAGAAGAAAAAAGAAUUAGUGAGUGCAUGAUCAAAUUCGCCUGCUUUCACCUCUAAUGCCACCAGUAUGCUUGAGCCACUACUGGAGUUCUGUGAGUGUAAUCACAAUGCAACGUUAAAGUACUAAAUAAUUAGAAAUAGCCCACUGGAGAAUAGUCACAUGUGGCAAAAGAUUUUAAUGACACCCGUCGGUAAUGUUGACAGGGUCACUAAUGCUUAUUACGCUGUGCGCCUUCUUGAAAAGAGAAGAACGUAUUCUUUAUAUAUAAAGUAUAUGUUCUCUUAUUUAUCACAGAGUUGGGAAGUUCCAUAAGUAGAAAAUUAUAAAGCUCAAAUAGGUUUUGUUGCUCCAUACAUUUGCAUACAGAAUUGCUUCAGAGCAGCUCUCUUGAUGGUAAAGGCUGCUGAUCUCUCCCUUUGGAGAAAAAAAGCUUGUAGCUAACUGUUAACACCUCCUGCUAGUUACCUCUUAAAAGCAGCACUCUGAUUAUCUCCCAUCUUUUAAAACAUUGAGUCUUAAUUAUUGAGUUUUUUGCCAGGAGCUCUUUGCUUUUUUCCCCAGACUUCCUUUUUGCCUACAGUCACUACGUUGCCAUCGGAUAGAUUUGUAUCGUUAGUCUCAGUUAUUCGCACUAAAUCGCAGACGCACAGUUUUUACGCGUGCACUCUGCAGAGUCUGUAGUGCUGCCUCAGUGAGUCAGUCUCUGCUGUCACUGAACACUAGAGGGCGUCCUGAGAUUAUCUCUCAGCCUCCGUCAGUGAGCAGCAGCCUUUGUCUUACAGGGGAAAAAGGAGAGGAAAAAACCGACGCAAGCUGUUUGACACUCAAAUGAAGGACGAUAGUUCAGGGACAUUUUGUGCCACUAAGCCAAAGAUUUGUAAAGUUUAUUUUUUAAGAUGUAUUCGUGGAAGUAAUUCAGUUGUGUCUGACAGUAUUGUCAGUUUGGGAGUGCGUGGAGUUUUUAUUUAUGUUGUAAAUGAAACAGUAUAAGCUGUUUUUGUACAAUUACACUUUAAAGGUUUCAUCUGCUUUAAAUUUGUAUAAUUAUUACAAUAAAAGAAAAGGAGCGCACUAGAGGGUUGUUCUCUGCGGCUAAAGCCGAUGGAGCUGUAAACCUUUGACGGUGACGUGUAAAUACUUGUAUAAAACAGAGAUGCUGCAAGUGAAGAAAAAUUCGAAAUGAACUGGAAAAACAGGCAACGUUUAACAUUACCAGCAAAAGAUGUGGCUUUAUUUGGAGUUACCACCAUACCUUUGGAGAUUAUUUUCAGUCGAUGAUUUCUAUAAUGGAAAAUGGUUGUGGGUAUGUGUUGACUUUUAAACACUCAAAUGUUGUAAAGCAUAUGCUACGGGUUCAUUUUAAAAAAUUUGUUCUGAGGCACUGUUUACUUGUGAUGCCCUGUGGAGCUUUUUAAAGUCACAUUGGAGAUUUUAAAACUUUGAUUUUUGUGGGGUUUUUUUGUUUUUGUUUUGUUUUUUUAACCAAUACUUCAACGGUUUCUGCAAAAAGCUGUCCUGAAGAGUUAAUUUUGGUCCAGGGAAGGAAUUUGAAUAAGUUAACCGGUCGUUUUAAAGAGUAAGAACGUUUAGUUUGCUUUCCAUCCACUGGAAAAUGCACACUCCACUAAGUUGAUAAGAUGCUGCUUAUUAUUAAUCGUUGCAACAGUUAUAUUUUGAAACAACAGAGCAUUUAUUUUGAUAGGGGCAUGUAGAUUUCUGAUAUUUUGCCUCAUUUGAUUUAAAAUGUGUAUUUUUUUUCCACCAAAUUCCAUUUAAAUCAAUAAAACUUGAACAGGUA